AUGCAAGACGACAAGGUAAUGACCCAGAUCGGAUGGAACGUCCCCCUGUCCGUUCCCGCGCGGCUACAUGACGACGUCUUCGGCAUAUCCGGCAACUGCGCGCAGGGAUGGGCUGGAUUUCCGAGAGUUAAUGUGGGCCUGUGUAGGGAUGUCCAGAGGGCUCGACCGCUCGACCCAGAAUUGGUGAACAAGUCGGGCACCUUCUUCGCGCGGCCGACGGGGAACAGGGGCCCUCUCCUGUACAACGCCAGCAAGUUCAGGGCUGGCGAGCUGGCGGCGAAGCUCACGGAGCGGCAGGAGCGCUUCGAGCGCCAGCUGGCGGCGACGGGCGCCCCGCUGCCGCCGGAGGUGCUGGCGGCGGGCGAGGCGAAGUUGGCCGACCGGGGCAUCCCCGCCGCCGAGGUCGACGAGGCCGAGGCCCAGCUGCGCAGAGAGCUCGCCGAGUCCAGCAGGGAGAACCGAAGGCUGAUGUCCGAGCUCCGCGACAUGAUUGGCCAGCUGGACGAGAUCCAGGUGCUCCGGAGCACCCACGGCGUCUGA